AUGACUUUAUCAGGUGAAUUGUCUCGAACAAAUCAUCAAGUUGAACAAAGACCACUUUUCUUUAAUUACCAUGAGUACACUGAGACAUAUUAUGCUGACAUAGGUGAUGUGAUAGAAUAUCAGGGACAUGAUGCGGACCAUGAGCUUUGUAUAACACAUUUCCCAAACAUAUACGUUCCUUUGGAUUCAGAAAAGUUUAGAACAACGAGAAUAGUGAGGAUACCAAGAUCGUUCGAGAGUUCGUUGGAAUAUCCUCAGUUCAGCGCUUUUCUUCCGGGUUCUGAAUCUGCUGCGGUCACUUAUGGUGCAGAUGGGUUAGAUUUUGUGCAACAUGGUUAUUUUGAUGACCAAAAUCAAAUUUUUGGAUAUUCUUCUGUGAGUCCUUUAUCUGAUUAUCUUACUGAGGAGGAAUUCAACCGGAUAAUAAUUGACAUUAACACUAUCAUUAGGGAGUCUUUUCAAGUCUCUUCCGCAUAUAAUAUAAGUGAUCUGAUUCUUGAACUUCUCACUUUGACAAUGUGGAAAUGGAUAUCCAAAUAUGUGUACCCACAUCCAUUAUUGAAAGUUGAAGAAUAUAUUGAACGAGUAAACGAAUCAAGAGCAUUCAAGGAAAAGAAUAUAAAAAUGAUCUCUUUAAGGGAAUCUGGGUUUCUAUCUCUCGAUUUUGAAAUACCUAAACCAGUAAUCCAUUAA